AUGUCGAUUCCUCUCUUUUAUAACGCUAUAGUCGAAGUCAACCCUUUUGGCACUGAUAGCAACAAGCUAAUCAACGAGAUACUUGGUCGCUAUAAGGAUUUCGUAGUCGUUUAUGCUGAUAGUAGCGUUGUUAAUUCAAUGUUUACUUGCUAUGACGAGGAGGAUACCGCUUUGUUUCUAAGACCAAUCGGCCUCGAGUACGAAUGGAAAGGUCGCAAAGGUUUUAUCGACGAGUUCGGCAUUAAGCACUACGGUGCUAACAAAGUUCGAUUGAUUUUGGGUGAUCUUACUCUUAAGCUUUUCGAUAGCGAUUAUGCCGAAGCUAAAAGCAUCUUAAAAGAGCUAUUGAUGCUAUACCCUUUCACUAUCGAUAGCACUUUAGUAUACAAACGCCUUACCUUCAAGUUCUCGGAUGAAAAUGAGUUUAGGUAG